ACGUCGCUCUCUCACUCGUCGUCCGGCGCGCGUCCGUAUCAGGAGUCACUACCAAGUUAACACCUCCAAUUUCCUUAUAACUCUCGUUUGUUAACCAAACCCCCGUCUUAAAAAAAACUAGUAAAAGUUCAAAAAACCAAACACAAAAUGUCUGGACUCGCUGAUCCCGUGGCUUUUGCCAAAGAUUUCAUCGCCGGUGGUGUCUCGGCAGCCAUCUCCAAGACGGCCGUCGCCCCCAUCGAGCGCGUCAAGCUGCUCCUCCAGGUACAGCACAUCUCCAAGCAAAUCCCCGAAGAUCAGCGUUACAAGGGUAUGGUCGAUUGCUUCGUCCGUAUCCCCAAGGAACAGGGUUUCACCAGCUUCUGGCGCGGUAACUUCGCCAACGUCAUCCGUUACUUCCCAACCCAGGCUUUGAACUUCGCCUUCAAGGACAAGUACAAGCAGGUCUUCCUUGGUGGAGUCGACAAGAACACCCAGUUCGGCCGUUACUUCUUGGGUAACUUGGCAUCUGGUGGUGCCGCCGGUGCUACCUCUCUGUGCUUUGUCUACCCACUUGACUUUGCCAGAACCAGAUUGGCAGCUGAUGUCGGCAAAGCCGGAGCUGAGCGUGAGUUCACUGGUCUUGGAAACUGCUUGACCAAGAUCUUCAAGUCUGACGGUCUCGGAGGUCUCUACAAGGGCUUCGGUGUAUCCGUCCAGGGUAUCAUCAUCUACCGUGCCGCUUACUUCGGUUUCUAUGACACAGCCCGUGGCAUGCUCCCAGACCCCAAGAAGACUCCAUUCCUCAUUUCGUGGGGUAUCGCGCAGGUCGUUACUACCGUCGCUGGUAUCGUCUCUUAUCCAUUCGAUACGGUGCGUAGGCGUAUGAUGAUGCAGUCUGGCCGCGCCAAGGGCGACAUCUUGUACAAGAGCACACUCCACUGCUGGAAGACGAUCGCCGCCACCGAAGGUACGGGGGCAUUCUUCAAGGGUGCCUUCUCCAACGUACUCCGUGGUACCGGUGGUGCUCUUGUGCUCGUACUCUAUGACGAGAUCAAGAAAGUUCUGUAAAUUCAUCAAAUCGCACUCAACAAUCAAGCAACAACAACAGCUAAAAAACAACAACAACAACAACAUAAUGAACAACUACAACAUCUACUAAACAAUAUUAUUACAACAGAAAAUACAGUUCUCUAGGAAAUAAAAUUAUAAAAACGUUGUGUAGAGGUGCGAAGAAUUUGAAGUCAACGCGAUCAUGACUUUUUGCAACAACUUUUUCGUAUUAAAAGGAAAAAAAAAUAGAAAAAAACGGUCUGAACGCGUCACAUUCUGUACUUUUACUGACGGUCUUAUAUAUAAAUGUAUAAAAGUUUAAAAUAAUUAUAUAAAAUCGAUGCGAAAAAAACUGCCCCACCCACAUUUGAUUUUCAUUUGCGUGACUCAUCAAAAUAUAAUUCCAAAACCCUGACGUAAAAAUACCUCUUUCAAAACACAUUCACUAUCUCCGGUUAAUUAACUGUGUAAACUAAACUAACGAAAUAAAAUACAGAAAAAAAUAUUAAACAAAACCAAAAAAAAAAAUGUCGAAAAAAUUAUCUAAAAAAAAGCAAGCUUUUCGAAAAGCCAAAAAAAAAAGAUUAAUUAAGGCAUUCACACACUCGCUCGUACUAGGAAAAAAUUUCAUUAAAUGAACACACACACUCGCGGGUGUUGUUGAAAACUCAUCAAACGAAAUUAUUAACCGGUGAGCGAGGAUUAUGUAAUGUUCUUACGUUUACGGUAGCGAACGGUAAAAUGUUCACCAAAAAAUUUUCAACAAACAAUCCUCUAUCAUGUUAGACAUCGUGAACCUCGGCAUUGAAUUAUUACCGGAUUCAGUAUUCAUUCAUCAAAAAGCGCUACCAAGUUUCGACAUCACUUAUCCUCCUUGCCAAUUCGUUCGACUUCUAUAAGCUAUUCCUUUCUGACAGCAUACGUAAUUAUGUGCGCACGGUAUAAUAAACACUAGAAUUGAUUUAUUAAUUAUUUUAGUAAAUCAGUUAGGCACAUCCCAAUGUAAAAGAAAAAUAGAAAAGUACAGGUAGCGAGGAAAAAUUUUCCGUCGACGUUGAACGCGUUUCAGCGUUCGUUAACGUUUGCGGAUUAUUGAAAAAAAAUUUUCCUCGCGGCUCUUUUCUUUUUUUCUUGUAUUAAAUCAAUUAAUGAGAUAAUCACGUCGCUAUUUAAUUUGUUCAGAUCGAAUUGAACGAGCGCCGCGCGUUCGCCCAAUCGAUCUUCCCGUUCGAUCGCGUCGUGUAUUAUCCGCAUAAUUAUAUUCUAGUUGAAUUUUCAUUGCGUGCACAGGGGUCAAUAGUUGAGAGAAUAAAAAAAAACUUAACAUCUGCAAAUCGAACAAUUGCAUGCGCAUUAUUUAAUAAUUAUUAAGACAAUGUGUGUCGCACACACAAUGUUUUGAAUUAUAAAAAAAUAGCAAAAAAUUAAUUAUGCGAGCGAGAGAAAAUAGUCGAUGAAAAAUAUUAUAAUGACAAAAAUGGACGCGCGACAAACAAGAUCAAACCAUAUAAUUACAUUUAUGACUCUUUCAAGUAAAAAAAGAAAACACUAUGAAAACGAAGAAAAUUUCAAAACAGACGAAUGAAAAGGGUAUAAUGAAAUAAAUGUGGAUCAACGGAACGACGAUGGCGGGGCGCGUAGACAUGGGCCGUCCCCGCCCUUAUAUUGUUACAAACAUCUUCAACAAAAUGAUAUAAGAUAAACUCUGUUUUUUCGGCCCAUUGUAGAUAAUUGAUUAAAAAAGAAAAAAAUUUUAAAAAUGAUUGCUUGGGAUUGCGCAUGUAUGCGGGAUGUGUGUACGCGCGCGUGUGCGUUUUGUAUCAUAUAUGAUUCACACGCUCGAUUGUGCUGCAUCUCAAAUUGGCGCAGAUAUGUGACAAAAGCCUGGAUUUCGCUGAAUAAUAACACGCAAUUUUUCGAAGGAAAAGAUUUUUUUGUGCGAGACAACCAUUCUAUACGUGUAUGAGAUAACGGAAGAAUGCGCGAACUCAUGCAGACUAAAUAAAUGUAUGCAUCUAAUCUGUUCAUGUUAGGAUGUAUGCAGGAAUGACAGAUCAAUAAAAAGCGAAAUUAAAACAAAAUAA